UAUCAAAUAGCACAGCUGUAUUCUGUGGCCGAAAUGAGCAAGCAAGAGUCUAGUUCGGAUUCUGGAAUUCAAAUUCUUAUCAAUGAACCUUACAACGACCAAGCACUGGGAAAGGGACAGUAUACGCACAAGCUAUAUCACCUUGGCAGGUUCCAUUUGUUUCGCUUACCCUGCAGUAAAUGCCCAAGGAUUCUCAGCGCGCUCGUUCCAGCGAACACGCUAAUCAUUGACGAGAAAGCAUGGAAUGCGUAUCCGGAUUGCAUUACUGAAUUUUUCAACCCGUUCUUGAGAGAAAGGUUUUCCAUCAAAAUACAGACAAAACAUGUGGCCAAUGACGAUGAUCUUGAAAAUGUACUGACGUUUCUUGUGCACAAUUUGCCACCCGAUUUGCUCAGCAAGCGCGAAAUUGUCAGAAUAGACAUUGCAAAUGAUCCGAUUGAUGUAAAGGAAAAUGGCUGUGAAACAAAUCCUAAACUAUUCUGUCCAAAAAAGGAUCCGCUACGAGGACCCCUCAAUGCAAACUGGAUUCGCGAUAUGAAGGCUCAAAAGAAACCGUUUAUGUGUUGCUACAAAUUGGUUACAAUUAAAUUUAAAGUGUUCGGAUUGGAAUCGAAAAUUGAGUCUUAUAUUUCCAAAGUACCUUAUACUGAUGCUUAUGUCGCUAGUACGAGCAAUCUCUCUUUUUGCGCUUUCAUAGGAGCAUUUUCUGCUCUUUUGAUAGAUGGUUUGGGCUGA